AUGCCCGAAGCACUUGCGACAACGAAACGCAAGUUUCACAAACUCCUCGAUAGCCGCUUCGGAUCUCCCUCGGCGCCGGCAGCAGCAACUCCUCCUAGACCUGUAUCGCAAGGCACAAUCAGCGAACCAGCAACCAAGCGCAUUCGAUCGGGUGGCUCGACAACGUCUUUAGCGACCAGCCUACGUAACAAGGCACUGCCCAAGACGUCCAUCAACCCAGUCAGAGGAGAACCCAAUUUUGCGCCAUGGUCGCAUGACGCUUUCAUCAAGCGCCUGCGCAGCUUCGGACCCGUCACCAAUUGGCAUCCCAAGCCUGAUGCUAUCAACGAAGUCGAAUGGGCCAAACGAGGAUGGUGGUGUGUCGAUACAAAUACUGUUGGUUGCAAGGGAGGAUGCCAACAGCGAGUCGUAGUCAAAGUCGAACCUAUCGUCAAGAGACGUCGCGUCCAAACCGAAGAAGAGGUCCAAGAGCAGGAAGAAGAAGACGAUGAUGACGAAGAGGAUAAUCAGGAAGAGUUGGAACAAGCACUAGUGGAGAAGUACAGGGAACUCAUUGUCGAGGGCCAUUCGGAAGACUGUCUAUGGAGGAAAGCAGGUUGCAAGGACGACAUAUACCGCUUGCCCAUUGUCAAAUCGACUGUCUGGCAACCCGAGUUGCGCACGCGCUACAAAUCCCUCUUGAAAAUAGCGCCAUCACUCGCCGACCUGACUUUACUGCCCACCGAACUCAACCCAUCUCCAGACAAGAUUCUCGCCAACCUCCCGACCGCUCUGCUCGAAGGGUCAGAAAAAAGCAGUUCAAGCGAGGAUGGGGAUAUUGCUGAAGAGACGAAGCANAAAGCACUAAAAGUUGCCAUCUGCGGUUGGCAAGGUUCGACAGAAUCCAGCACGCAGCUCCUAGCAUGCGAGGCCUGUUUCCAAAGAAUAGGUCUCUGGAUGUACCAGCCCGACUACAAACCACACAGAUUUGACGACGACGAUGAAGAGGAACAAGAUCGCAGUCUGGACCUUAUACAGCUACAUCGCGAGCAUUGCCCAUGGCGCAACCCAACCACACAAGCUGCCACAGGAAACUAUGCUGGCAAAUCUGCUCACUCCAUCCUCCUUGAUGUCUUGGACCGCUAUAUCGAUGAGCAGAGACGUAGAUCUAGAGGUACUAUUCAGGGUACCGCUGCAGCUGGCAACGAUGUGGAAAGUGAUGCGGGAGCGACAGAUGAUGGUAGAGAGAGCUUGGCUCUAGAGACUAUGCCGUCCAUGCCAGAACUUAGCAGGGCUGAGACGGAGAAGCACGACAAGGAGAGGCUAUCGAAGUUGAGGCGUCUGAAGACGGUUCUGGGAUUCAAGAAGAGAGCACCGCCUGCCGCCUAA